CUCAAAGAUUCCUGAGGUUAAAACAUUGCAGGCAGUUUGCUGACAGCGACGAUCUCAGCGGGUAGCAUCGGAACCGAACCGGCAGCUCCAGUCCGGUUUGUUGUUGACGUGUGUGUUAAAUCAGAGGAGGGGAGGGAAGCGCUGCCUCUGGAUCUACUCAGCAACGCAUCUGCGCAGACAGACAAAUAGGCUGAAGAAGAAGAAAGAGGAGGAUUCCCGCUGCGGUGUUUACCAAUAUGCCGUUUCCCGUUAACGGCAUCCUUUCAGCGCUCGCGCUACUGCUGCUGCUGUGGCGCGCGGAGGAGCUCGCGGAGGCGUGCAGCUGCGCUCCGGUCCAUCCGCAACAGGCGUUCUGCAACGCCGAUGUAGUGAUCCGUGCUAAGGUGGUCGGGGUAAGAGAGGUGGAUUCUGGGAAUGAUAUCUAUGGAAAUCCCAUCAAGAGGAUCCAGUAUGAUGUCAAACAAAUAAAGAUGUUUAAAGGACCUGACCAGGACAUUGAGGCGGUUUUCACUGCACCAGUUUCUGCUGUCUGUGGUGUUACCCUUGAUGCCACUGGGAAGAAGGAGUACCUAAUCUCAGGCAAGGCCGAGACAGGCGGACGCAUGCACGUGACCCUCUGUGAUUACAUCAUGCUCUGGGACUCCUUGAGCGCCACCCAGAAAAAGAGCCUCAGCCAGCGCUACCAGAUGGGCUGUGACUGCAAGAUUGUGCGCUGUCCUUCCCUCCCCUGUGAGAUCUCUGCUCCAGAGGAGUGUCUGUGGACAGACCUGAUGAUUGAGAAGCAGGUCCACGGACGCCAGGCUAACCACUAUGCCUGCGUCAAGAGAGCGGAUGGCUCCUGCUCUUGGUACCGUGGGGUAGCGCCACCUAAGAAGGAGUUUAUUGAUGCAGAGGACCCUUAAGUCAGCAAUCUGACAGAGAAAAAAAAACGGAAACAAGGCAAUUGAAAUUGAAAAAUAACAUUAGGCUAUUUAAAAACGUUAAGCUAUAGUAAUAGAAAUUAGCUGCUGUUCUGAAAAUAACUUUAAGCCUCUUGUUGAUGUGACCACUUUAUUUCUAAAGUUUCCCAUGAUUAAAACGUGCAGAGGUUGUCCUUGGAUGCAGCAUCUUCAUGAAAAAAGUAAAUGGCACCAUCAGAUUAAAGGCUGUGUUGGAAAUGUUCACUCCCUCUUUAUAAAAGGUUCGCUUUCAAGUGUAUUUACAGCUUUUUAUCUCAUAAAUGAACCUCAGUAAGAUAUAGCUGCCCAAAUAUGAAGUAAUGCCCUUAUUUUUUUACUGUUUUAGACAAAAACAUAAUGGAAAUUAGGAUUAUCUGACUUAUUUACCAAAUUACAUUCUUGUACUGAAAUCAGAGUACCCAUUAAAAGGCAAUUUCUAUAUUCCUCAAUUCCAAAUAUUACCCUUAAAAGCAGUUUAGCAUGUCAUAGAAAAAAGUCAUUUUGUGAGAUAACGAAUGUUUAGACUUAAUAACUUAUAUUUCAGCACAAAUUUAAGACUCUAAAUCUGCAGAUGAUUUCUAGGGCAAAUAACUGCUAAGUUAGCAGUAAGUGAUGUUAACUCUAAUGGCAAAUUAUUUGCUAUUUGUUUCCUCAGUUUUUUAAAUGAAAUUACUUCAUGAAAUUCCAAAAACUCAACAAAAUUAGAGUCAGCGUGCUAUUUUACAUUCAAAGCGAUAGCUAGCUGUGCCUAAUGUUAACAGUUACCAUCCUAGCGAUAGCAGCUAGCACUAGAUUACAAUCUAAUAUCUAAUUUUAACGCUAAAUGCUUAACAUUAACUUUGGUUUUAUUUCAAAAGAAAAGGGUUAAUGAUACUCUAGAAAUAAACUUUUAAAAGUUACCAAUGUUGUUUUUUCUUAAAUCCUGCUAACAUUUGAGAUUAUAAUGCUAAUGUUCACAGCUAACUUACUCUGUUAGGUAAAACCUUAGUUGCUAACUACUAAUUUUUCCUAUUGGAGUGUAAUUCCCUGUAUUUUGCUUUACAAAAUGGCUGAAAUGCUUAUAGUGAACCUUAGAAAGAAAAGAGUGGACAAUUUGAACACAAGGAUAGACUGGUGGAAUGAUGGUGCAACUUCCUCCUGAGGCUGGCGUUAGGAGGCAAUCAAUUCUUGCUGAGAUGGAGCUCUCCCUGUCCCAAAAAAUAGCUCUUAAUCAGGGCAGCAGUGCCCUAUGAGUCAUUGUUUGCUCUCUCAGACCAUCAUUUACUCUCCAUUUUGUUUCUAAUUUUAUUACCUCAUUCUGUAUUUUAUUCCAAAGCAAAUUUCAAGUUGCCUUUCUUGAUUUUAAGAUCUAAAUGUCUCAUUAACACUUUUCUCAUUUUCUCACUGUAACUGGUGACUUUAGACACCCAGAACAUGCUUCCUUUAAACAGAAAAUGUAGUUUAGGAUUACCCAUCUAAAUUAAAGUUAAACUUUCUUUCUUUCUUUCUUUCUUUCUUUCUUUCUUUCUUUCUUUCUUUCUUUCUUUCUUUCU